GAACAGGUCUAGUGGCCAUCAUUCUAAACAGAAAACUGGUCCGAAUCGAAGCUUUUGUACAUCUUACAACCAUCUUGUUGUGUUUCUGUCAAAGUAAUUCGAUCCAAAAAAGAUGUCAAGUGGGACGCUUGAAGUUUUUCUUGAAAAUGCCAAAGGCCUUGAAGAACAAAACUGGCUCACUAGUAUGAAUCCUUAUGUUGUCAUCACCUGUCGGACUCAAGAGAAGGAAAGUGGUGUUGCAUCAGGUGAAGGAUCUGCCCCUGAGUGGAAUGAGACCUUUGUUUUCACCAUCAGUGGUGAUGUUGAAGAGAUCACCCUCAAGAUUAUGGACAAAAAUACUUUCAGUUCUGAUGAUUUUGUUGGAGAAGCAACAAUUUCCUUACAUGAAGUAUUGCGCGAAGGAGAGGUAUCGGCACGAUCUUACAAUGUUGUCAAGGAUGAAGAAUACUGUGGAGAGAUAAAACUUGGCCUCACCUUCACAUCUGGGGUUCUCAUAGAGGAAGUCGUGACGAAGAAUAUGGUGGACGUAGAAAAUCACGUCAUGACUUCGGAGGAUCUGAUGAAGAAGACUAUGGUGGAUGUAGAAAAUCACGUCAUGACUCUGGAGGAUCUGAAGAAGAAGAAAAAUAUGGCGGACGUAGAAAAUCACGCCAUGACUCCGGAGGAUCUGAAGAAAAAGAAUAUGGUGGACGUAGAAAAUCACAUCAUCACUAGGGCGGAUCUGAUGAAGACUACUAAUUCCAGGAGUUUCAAUUAAUUUAGGGGGUCGUUUGCUUAUCCCCCAUAGCUGGAAAUAAUCCUCAAAUAAAUUACGCACUAAUUUUCCAUUGUUUGAUUGUUGUUCUAUGUUUGUAUUGUAUAAUAUAUACACUCUGUAGCUGCA